AUGUCGCGUGUCGUCCCACGGCCGCAACGUCGGUAUUGCCGCUCCGCGGAGGAACAAGUACUACUAUCCAAGUCCCGUGGUCGUGUCCUGGUCACUGCGGUAGCUUCUGCUGCUGCAGCGGUUUUCAACUUGCAAGAGUUGAUGUCCACUGUUUUUGCGCUGAAAGUGGUUCAUCAACAUUCCCGCGUCGUUUCGCUCGACCAGAACCUGUGCAAGGUCCUCCUCCAGGAAACCUACGGCGCGAUUACCGGGUGGGACCCAUCGGAGGGGAAGUUGGAGAAGCUUUGCCAGUCGGUUUUGCUGCAAAACGCGGAGGUGGAUGUGAAAUCACCAACCGAUGCGAAGACGGUUUGUACAGAGUUCGCGGAGAAAGUGAGGACGGUACCAGUAUGGGUUUACAUUUAUAUAUUUACUUCUUGUUGUGAGGAGCAAUGUGAUGUUUUCUCUGAGGUAUGGAUCUGUCAUGAUGUAUCUUUCAUCGUAGUUGUUCUUGUUCCGCAACUAGUAAAGCGUGCGCUUUUAUCACAAAGAGCGACUUGUGAAAUAUAGGUACAACAGCAAGAUGCGUUUAGCAGCGAGACGAAGCCGCGCACCCCACCGACCCUGCUCUCCCUUGCCGACGCAGAAAAACAGUGGUGCGGUGCCUCUGCCUCCUCUUCGGCUAGUACUGCACCUAGUACAACCGUUGGUGCAACAACAUCUUCCGCGACAUUUGCGCAGCAAGGAAAUCAACAGGGCUUCGUGGAUCACGAAGACCCGUUUGCUGUGGCGCUGCAGGCGGGUCAGGCGGUGAAAACAAAUCAACAAGCUACGUCGAGUACAGCCCGGUCGGGAACUUCAUCCGUCACCGGAAAAGAAGUGAACAUCAGGUUUGGGCGUACGAAGCAGACGGCAGAUCUCGAGUCGAACGCGGUGGACGUCAAGGGUGUUGUAGCAGCUGGCGACAGGCCGCGCGUCCUUGCGGAGCAGGGGAGUGAUGUUGUUGUUUAUGGGAAAAUCACCCAGCCGACUUCCUCGCAGCAGGGUUUAUUUCCUGUUCCUGCGCAGCAGCAGGCGGAGCCCAUUUUUACCCGUGCUGGAACAAACGGAGCGGACGGUGGUGACCAACCAGGAAUGGAGCGACAAGACGACCCAAAUGGUCUCAUAUCAAAUGCAAAUAUGUCUGGGUCUGGAAGAAUGCAAACUUCUCAUGCAUAUUUUCCAUGCCGCAUGAGGUUUGGAAUGCAGGACCUAGCAUGACAGGUUCUGCGACGUCCCUAUCAUGCGUAUCCUGCAUGACAAACUGCCUCUAAACUUGUUCAAAACUGGACAGCUUUUGGUAGUCAUGCAACACAAAUUUUUGUACGAUCCAGACUUAGCAUGACAAGUUCGCAUCCUCCCAGACAUCCAGGGAUAUUUGCAAUGCAUAUCUUAUCAUCGAGAACGAAAUCCCCAAGGGCGUGAAAGAAACCACUGCAAGUACUUAUUUUCUUGUGCUGAAAUACAACGUACUAGAUUUCUUGUUUCCGAAGCUUGUGCUGUGGCUGGCACAGACAACAUAGUCCGACGUUUCCUGCAAAGUUGCUAGUACUUACUAGUACUCUAAGGCAGUUAAUAGAUUAUGUUUUGGAUUAGAAGAAUUUGUUAUACCUUAUCAAAACACAACUAUCAGCUCUCGUCGCCGCCCAGCGCAGAAGGAAGGAGUAUGAGUUGGACAAGCAGGAUAUCAAAAUGGAAAAUCCCCCCUCCCCAUAUUGAAAAGCUAUGUUUUCGAAAAUUUGUGUUGGUGAUUUGAGGUCACACAUCACACGUGUCUUGCAAGACGACAAGAGCAGAAGCUUAGGCCCCAUUAUGGAAGCGAUUUGUCAUGCUGUCGGGCUUAAAGGGGAGCCGUUUGCCAUGCUGAACAACUAGACCCAUACGCCCCUGCCUAGCCUGGGGAUCUGGCCGCAGUGCCUUCUUGCAAUACAAAGCUGACUCGUGUACACAAAUCCAGCAUCAGAAGUUUCGUUUUGAUAUGGGGAGGGGGGAUUUUUCCUUGCAAUACAGGAGGCCUUGCAGAGCCGCCGCCCGUCCGUGGAGGACAUGCUGGCGGCACGGGAGCUGGCGUUCCGCUCAAACGCGUUGGUUUCAUCCGAUGGGACAGAUGCGGAAGGUAGCAACUUCUAUUAUCCGGCCGCGGCAGGUCGCGCUGCAGCCAGUAUGGUUCGGAAAGGAGCCACUGUGGUCAACUCUAGCGAGAAAGAAGUAACAGCAUCGUCAUCGAAUAACGACAGUACAAUCUCCGGAUCCAACGACAAAGAUGACAACACAGUGCACCUCUCGCAGCGCUCCAGCGCGAGUGUGAUCAGUGAGAACCUCGGGAAUCUGUCCCGCGACAUUACGUCCGCGGUUUCCGGUAUGGAUGCGUCAGGUUUGAAAUCGUCAAAGUUGAAAUAGUUUGUCAUGCAUAAAGCGGAUACCAGUUAGACCUACAGUUUGUAGUCGGUGCAUGACAAACUUUCCCGGUCCUGGAAGCGAGUCUGUCAUGCGGUUUAGGGCAAAAGAGCUGCGUUCUGUCAUGCUAGUUAGCAGUCCAACUUUUGACCCUUACCAGGACUAUAAUCUGCCUCCCGUGGGUCCUCUGCAAUAGAGUCACUUUUUGUAUCGCAUUUUAUGCAUUACAAAUUAUUUCAACUUUGACGAUUUCAAACCUGACGCUUCCAUAUCCGGUUUUUUCUUCGACCUCGCAGACUUCGUCACGGAUGGCUACUUGUCUUCGAAGGAAAUGAAAAGCGGCAGCGUAUCAAGUGCAAAUAUGUCUGGGUCCUCUGGAAACUUGUGAUGCUAAAAUGUGGAUAAUGGAAACACUUCCGAAUGGAGCCCAGCAUGACAACUUUUCAGAACGCUUUCCCAUUCGCAGUGUGCAUGAGAAACUGCGUUUUUGCUUCUCCAAAAUGGCUGCAACUUUUGUUGGUCAUGCAAUACAGAUUGCACUGGAAUGUAAGGCCAGCAUUAUUUUCCAGAUCCAGACAUAUUUUUAUUUGCAGUUAAUACAUCGGGAAGAGCAGCAAAAGGGAUCUUGUGGUGGACUGAUUUCGAUGUUGUGCAGGAGGGGACAGUUUUGUCGUCGUCGCAUGCCUGUCUGUCGUCCUAGCGGCGAAGAAGAUCACAGGCAGCCUUUUCUGGUCAUGUUCCCACAACUUCUUCUUCCCACUCCUCGCUCAUGUCGCAGGUGCAAAAUCCUAAAACCCUUUUUUCCCCUUCUCUGCUUCACGCAUCAUGUUACAUCAGAGCAUCCCAA